GAUAUCGCUCUGCCACCUAGAAGCGGCAUUACAAUUUCUAUAAAGUCCGGGAUGCCAGCUGUGCCAGGAAAGCCCUGUUACAUUGUCAUUUCAAAAAGAUACCAACCCACACUAUCCAUCAAGUCUGGAGAAAGAUCAGUCUUUGACUUUAGCUGCCAGAAUCCAGAGAAGCACUUUGUCAUAGACAUCCAGAAGAAUGUUGACUGCAUGUCAGGCCCAUGUCCUUUUGGGAAGGUUGAGCUCCAGCCCUCAACAUCCUCAUUGCCCGCCCUCAACAGAACUUUCAUGUGGGAUGUCAGAGCUCCUAAGAACAUUGGUCUGGAGCUUCAGUUCUCCACACCCUACCUGAGGCAGAUCGGGCCAGGCGAGAGCUGCCCAGACAGAAUCACCUACUCCAUCAAUGGCUGCAUCGAUACCACCACAGUCAGGAUCGGAACCUUCUGCAGCAAUGGCACUGUGUCCCGCAUCAAGAUGCAGGAGGGAGUGAAUAUGACCUUACACCUACCGUGGUGGGACAAGAGAAAUGUCUCUGGCUUCAGCAUUGCAAACCAGUCAUCUAUAAAACGACUGUGCAUCAUCGAGUCUGUGUUUGAGGAUGAAGGCUCGGCAACCCUGAUGUCUGCCAACUACCCUGAUGGCUUCCCUGAGGACGAACUCAUGACUUGGCAGUUUAUCAUACCCCUACACCUGCGGGCCAGCGUCUCCUUCCUCACUGUCAACGUCUCCAACUGCGUGAAGAAGGAAGAGCGGGUUGAAUACUACAUCCCAGGCUCCACCACUAAUCCUGAGGUGUUUAAGCUAAGGGAUCAGCAGCCUGGGAAUAUGGCGGGGAACUUCAACCUCUCGCUGCAGGGCUGUGACCAAGAUCCCCAAAAUCCAGGGAUCCUCAGACUGCAAUUCCAAGUCUUGGUCCAGCACCCACAAAAUGAAAGCAAUAAAACUUACCUGGUUGACCUGAGUAAUGAGCAUGCCAUGUCACUCACCAUCGCACUGCGGUCUGACAGAAUGAGCCACAAGUUUGUCCCUGGCUGCUUUGUGUGCCUGGAGUCUCGGACUUGCAGCACCAACUUGACCCUGACAUCUGGCUCCAAACACAAGAUCUCCUUCCUCUGUGACAACCUGAACCGCCUGUGGAUGAAGGCAGAGAAAAUCAUAAGCUGCACAGACCACCGGUUCUGCCACAGGAAGUCCUACCAUCUCCAGGUGCCUAAGAAUAUCCUCCAGCUGCCUGUGCAGUUGCACGACUUCUCCUGGAAGCUGCUGGUGCCCAAGGACAAGGUGAGCCUGGCACUGGUGCCCACCCAGAAGCUGCAGCAGUCCACCAGCGAGAGAAUCUGCAACACCAGUUUUAGCUACCUUGUGGCCAGCGCCGUUCCUGGGCAGGACCUUUAUUUUGGCUUCUUCUGCCCUGGAGGCUCCAUCGAGCAGAUCCAGGUGAAGCAGAAUAUCUCGGUGUCCUUUCGUACCUUUAAGCCCGACUUCCACCAAGAGGUUUCCAGGCAGGACCUGACUGUGUCCUUUAUACCACAUUUAAAAGAGGAUGGCAUUUUCACUGUGACCCCAGACACAAAAAGCAAGAUCUACUUGAAGACACCUAGCUGGGGUCUGCCACCCCUCACUUCAGUGUCCUGGAAUGUCAGUGUGCCCACGAACCAGGUGGCCUGUCUGACUUUCCUCAAGGAGCACACCGAUGUGGUCUGCCAGACUGGGCGCGCAUUCAUGAUCAUCCAGGAACAGCAGACCCAUGCUGAGGAGAUCUUCAACCUGGAAGACGGGGUGCUUCCCAAGCCAAGCUUGCGCCAUCACAACUUCUGGGUCAACAUCUCCAACUGUAGCCCCGUGAGUGGCAAGCAGUUGGACGUGCUCUUCUGGGUGACACUUACUCCAAAGACAAUAGACCUGACUAUUGUCAUCAUUGCAGUGGGAGGUGGAACCUUACUGCUGUGUGCCCUCGGACUCAUCCUUUGCUACUGGAGAAGGAAGAAAAAGGAGGUAAACAAGGGCCCCGUCGUAGGUAUCUACAAUGGCAAUGUCAAUACCCAGAUGCCGAGGCAGCAAAAAAAGUUUCAGAAGGGACGAAAGGACAAUGACUCCCACGUGUAUGCGGUCAUCGAUGACACCAUGGUCUAUGGGCAUCUGCUGCAGGAUUCCAACGGGUCCUUCCUCCAGCCAGAGGUGGACACCUACCGGCCCUUCGAGGGCCCCAUGGAGGACUGCCCUCCCUCCCUGCCCUCCGUAUGCUCCAAAGCCCCGACUAGAAAAUUGGCCUCAGAGGAGCACCUCCCUUGCUUUUCUCCUGAAUCUGAGAGUGAACCAUACACCUUUUCCUACCCCAACAAUGGGAAUAUGGGCCCUGGGAACAUGGACAUUCCCUUGCAGAACAUCCAGGAGCCAGAGGAGCCAGCAGAUCCAGGGGAAUAA